UCAUUAUUGAGAGGCCAUUUUAACACGUCAAAGAUAAUUUUGACCAAUAAAAGUGGGUAGGAUAAAUGAAAGUGAAAAAAGAGGAUUGGGAUAAGUUUCUCUAGACACAAAGUUACCAAACCAAGGAAAUUUGGAAGAAGAAGCGAAUAUGGAAGGUGGUAGCAUGCUGCACGAUCCGUACGAACCCUUUCGUAUUUCCACUUCCCAACAAGAACUUCUCAACAGCGUUCCCUUCGUCGGAGACACUCUCACUUCACCCUGCAACUGCAACAACAACAACCACCACCACGAUGCCACCGCCGCCGAGAUCAUCCCUCCCAUCAUCCCAUUGUACGCUCCAGACACCCAGCACGUCGAUAACCAAGACGUUUUUCACACUCCGCCGGAGGACCCACCGCUUCCAUCUUCCGUCAUUGAUCUUUCUCAAUGUGAGUUUAAUCAAGCUGUUAUUGAUGUUGAUGAUGUUUCUCAAGAUUCUGAAUUUGGGUUUGUUGAAAAGUCACGCUCUCUUGAAGAAGAUCUACUGAGUGAGUUUCCCGAGAUACAUCCUGAUGAAUUUAGCGCUUUGGAUAGGUUAAUUUCUGAUUUUGAUAAGGCUCCUAUGAAAUUAGGGUUUGAUCCUAUGAAUGUUGAGCAGGAUUCUGAUAAACUCAGAAUUUUUGAAAAAGAAAUUUCUAGUUUUCACGACGAAUUUGGGUUUGAUUCUUUGGAGGAAAAUGUUGAAACCCAACAACAAGUUGUUCAAAAUGAUGCUGAGGAUGUUAACAUGGUUGAUGUUGAGGGAAACAAGUCAAUUGGCUCUUCUUUCGAGAAAGCGACUGCAAAUGAAAGGGGGUCUGGGGAGGAUAAGGAUAAGGAUAAGGAGAAGGAGAAGGAGAAGGAGACGUUAACUGUUUUUGAUGUGUUGAAAUUUCUUGCGAAGACUUCUGUUAAAGAAGAUGAUGGUCUUACUUUGUUGGAAACUUUAAAGCGUGCUGGUAUUAAAUUUCCUCGUCCGAGCUGGUGGCCCGACGAUAUGAAAUCUGAACUCUUCAACUUCUAGGUGAAGAAGUUCUUUUCUUGACUGACUUUUUGAGGACAUUGACAGUGCUUUCAUGGAAAAUUCUCAAUAGUAUAUGUUGUCCUUCUACUACUUAAUUGUAUUUUGAUAUUAACCUAUGAUGAUAUUUUAUGGUAGGAUUAUAGUUUCUAUCAUCUUUUGAAUGUUGACUAUCACUUGUAACUGUGGUUCAGAACUUAACCUGUUAUGUUAACAAUCUCCUUGCUGGAUCUAAUGUUAUUGUUGCUUGCUUAUGA